AUGUCAAAGUGCCAUCAGGAACACGCUAAAGAAAGUGACAUCACCGUUAAGGAGUACAAAGAAGCCAUCAAAGACAAGUUGCUCGACGAAUUGACUAUUCGUUAUGUAGAUGACCUUCCAAAAGAAUGUACAAAUGAUUUUAAUUUGAAUGUGAUGGUAUAUGACCUUUGGGGUUACAUGGUUAAAACCAGAAAACAUUUGACCGCUUGUGAUGUUUGUAAGAAGUUGGUGUGUUGCGAUGAGCUAGAUUUACCCGAAGAUUUCACUGCUGACCAAUAUACAGAUGAAGAGCCUCCAUUGCUGCCCGACAACCGGAGUGUAGCUGAGUCCUGUAUUCGUCCGCUUUUGAACAAAUUUGCAAGAGAUCCAGCCUAUGAGAAACACUAUCGAGAGUCGAUGGCCAAGAACUUCGCUGAAGGUUAUACAAGGCGGCUGUCUACCACAGAGGUCGAGGAGCGGCCAACUCGAUAUUGGCUACCCCAUUUUGAAGUACCCAAGGUUUCCGGCCGUCCUGAGCUGCGAUUGGUUUUCGACGCAGCUGCUAAAUACCACGGGAGGAGCCUUAACGACUACGUCUCACCUGGUCAAGCACUUCAAAAUCCGCUCCCAGCGGUCAUUCUGCACUUCCGGGAAGGAGAGUUGGCGUGGUCGGCAGACAUAGGAGCCAUGUUCAGCCGGAUCCGACUAGACGACGUGGAUCGACGCUACCUUCGAUUCCUCUCGCCGGAAGAAGACGGAACAUUGACAACGUGUGAGAUGACACGGGUGACCUUUGGUGUCUCAUGUUCGCCCUAUACGGCCAUCCGAACGACCUGGAGAGCAGCAGACGACCACGCCGUAGACCAGGGUGAGGCGGCAGCCGCCAUCCGGAGGUACCUCUACGUGGACGAUUACCUGGAUUCCAGCAAGACCACUGACGAGGCGAUGCGCCGGGCGACAGCAGUCAACAAGGCUCUGAGCAGUGGCGACUUCCACCUGAACCAUUGGAGAUCAACUACACCCGUGCCGGGCUCCUUUCAAAAGUUGCCGGAUUUUUCGAUCCCCUUGGCGCCGCUGCUCCAAUCACCGUUAAGGCCAAGAUACGACUACGCCACCUUGGUCGUGAAGGGCCUGAAGUGGGAGGAUGUGGUGACUGGUCCAGACCGUGAAUGGUGGGAGAGUUAUUUCGAUACAAUGCAGCAGCUGAAGACGGUGGAAUUUGGCCGCUGCCUGUUUCCGGAUGAAGACCGAAUCGUCCGGACCGAGCGGGACACGUUCGUGGACGCCUCUGAGGAGGCCUGUGCCGCCGCAGUGAAAAAGUUGGCUCCGCUGAAAACAGUGUCCGUGUGCAAGUUGGAGCUGAACGCUGGACUUCUUGGAGCUCGUUUGGCCCGUUUUGUUGAAUCUUCAUUGACCCGGAAGAUCACAGCGCGUCGUUUCUGGACCGAUAGCAGUACUGUCCGCAAUUGGGUUCGAACGUUAUCUGGUGACUACCAGGUCUACGUAAGCAACCGUAUCGGGGAAAUCCAGACCCUAUCGGACCAUUCGGAGUGGCGUUUCGUCCCGGGAGUCUUAAACCCAGUGGAUGCGGCAACCCGCUCUCAACUGGAUGACCGGGCAAUCCCAGCGUGUUGGUUGGACGGACCACCCUUCUUGUAUCAAGAGGAGACGGCCUGGCCACAAGACCUCCCCUGGACCUUGGAAAAGGCGGAGAUGCGUGGGGCCCGCGCCCAUGUGAGUGACGUCGUGUCGGAGAAAAUAGUGCCAUUCGAUUGGAAGACGGUGAAGAUAGCUGCCAGCGACGUGCCCACUCUCAUCAGAUUAGAGAAUGACUAUCUCGAUCUCGUCCGACUGUGCCAGAGGGAGACCUAUCCGGAUGAGAUAAGCAGACUGGAGCGUGGAAAAGUGAUUCGCCCUACAUCAACCUUGCAGCCCUUGACCCCCUUUUUGGAUGCUGAUGAGGUGUUGCGGCUUGGAGGCCGUCUCAGCAGAGCGAAUUUACCGUACAAGGUCCUCCACCCGCCGAUUCUGAAUGGCCGACAUCUGUUAGCGCGAGCAAUCAUCCGCGCCUUCCAUGAGCAGCUUCAUCAUUCCGGAACUGACAUGGUGCUUGCCCAGGUGCGACAACAUUUCUGGAUCACAGCAGGAAGUGAGGCGGUCAAGAGAGCUCGCAACGAGUGUCUGGCGUGUCGGCGUUUCCGACCAGAAGCAGUGCUACAGAUGAUGGCGGACGUUCACAGGGCCCGGCUAAGUGCUCACCAGCCUCCGUUCACCUACACCUCCGUUGCCUUUUUUGGCCCCAUUGACAUCGCCUACCACAGAAGGACGGCCAAGCGAUGGGGCGUCCUGUUUACGUGUUUAGUGACGCGUGCCGUGUACGUCGACGUGGCGAUCUCUCUAUCAGCCAACGAUUUCUUGCUGGUUUUGCGCCGCUUCGUUUCUAUCUACCGCAAGCCAGCUAAGAUGUUCUCCGACAACGGAACUAAUUUGACCGGGGCGGAGGGACUACGUGAAGAGCUGGAGAGACUAAAGGAGAGUUCGGCGUUGGAGACGGAGCUCAAAGCUCUCGGGAUUCGAUGA